CCUCCUCUCUCUCUCUCUCUACCUCUCUCUCUCAUCUCUCCUGAGUUCCUCAAAUAUUAUGAAUUGUAUAGUAUAUUUACAUUAAUUAUGGAUGGGGCCUUUUCUGGAGUCGGUAACAAGUGUGGUGUUGGUGGAGUAUUCCGGGAACACCCUGGAAAUUCCUAUGCUGAUGUAGUGAGAAACAACAAGCAGGUGCCUGAAAGGAAUGGAAUGAUGGGAAAACGUUGGACUCCAAGGAAAAUCGACAAGGAAAAGGAAGAGAUGUUUGAGAUGGGAGAGGUAAUAGAAUGCCAGCCGAGUUUGGAUAUGGAAGAGUGGCUGAAAAACUGCUUUGUUGGCCAAGUUCAUAAGUUGGAAGCACUUGAUGAAUUGAAAGACAAAAUCUUAAUUGGAGGAGAAUGGAUGGCAAAUGUAAGAACAUGGAGUAUAAAAGAGGUGACACCAGAGAGAUUCACAUGGAUCCGCUGUCAUGGGAUUCCUUUGAAUAUAUGGAAUGAGGAGAACUUCAUCAAGAUCAGAAGUGCAUGCGGACAAAUUCUCAAGAUCGAAGUGGGCAAUGAAUUCUUCCAAGUGAGAAUCUGUGAAGAUGCAAGUAUUGAGGAUGUCUUCAAACCAUGUUACCGAUUGGAGGAGGAUGGAGAUUCUGACAGUGAAUCAUGGAUGGAGGAUUCUCUGUUAGAGCACAGUAGUUUAGAAUGGGAUGGUAUAGAUCUAGAAGAGCUGGAGGAAAAGAUUCAGGAAACUCCAACGGGAAAUUCUGUCUUGGAGGAAAGAGGAAUGCUGGAUAGGGAGGCCGGCUUCUUGCCGGCAGUAGAAGGUGAGAAGAUGACCGUUGAAGUUGAAAAGACAUCAGAGUUAGAAGGGGAAGUGGAAAUGGUGGCUGACUUGAUUGCUGAAACCAAGGAAGAAGCGGGCUGCAGCCACCCAAUGAUGAUGAUAGCCACUGUGCACGAGGAACCUACAAAUGAGCUGACUUCCCAAUGGAGAAUGGAGACAAAAAAGCAAAAAACGAAGAAAAGAUUGAAGCAGAUAGAGCUAGCAACAAUGAGCCCCAUAUAAGCCCCUUUGGUUUAGCUCACAAUAAGCCCACACGAGAGGCAUCUUGUGUGUAUGGAACCAGAAUAGUAUCAAGGUCUAGAAUAAGUUUGAAGGCUUCGAGCUUUGUGGGUUUGAUGGUUUGUGGGGGAAUAAGGAGGUACCUUGUCUGUUCAUUAUUGUGUAUGCACCUUGUAGUCGGCAGGAGAGGAUUCUUGUGUGGACAGAAAUAUAAGGGAUGCCAAACA